AUGCUCCACUUUUUGCCUCUCAUAGCCUUACUCCUGGCUUCUACAGUCCUCUCUAAAAAUGCUUCAAUGAAGUCAAGCGCUUCAUCAAAGCAGGGCAGUGAUGAUCAACCAGAUUAUUUGUUCUAUGGAGCCACUUCAACCGGAGGAGGACGUUCGAUGGAAAGAAUGGAUGCAACAAUCUCACAAGCUAUGGGAUGGGGUCAAAAGUUUACCAUUUUACAAUUUAGUAAAGAUCCACAGGCUUUUUCCGAUCCAAAUACGUUUUCAAUCCCAAGCCUUUCUCAAUACGAAGCUAGACAAGGUAUUCCCGCAGGAACAAAUUUCUUUUUGGGUUGUUAUGAUACAGACUUGUUUAACAAACAGCAUCAAUUGAACGUUGAUUGUUCCAAAAAACCAGGUUGUACAAGUUCUUAUAUGGUUACAAUCCUUUGGGGAACGCUUGGCAAUAUGGAUUUCAAAAAGGACAGAACACUCUUAGCAUCUUGUGGAAUUGUUAAAGUAGAUAGUGAUGGUGUUUGCAAUUUCCCAAACGAUCCAGCUUGCAAAGUUAGCUUGUUCCAGGACUUGUCUUCUCAACGAUUCUCAGGUCUUUCUUCUUCCGGUGAGGCCGUUCAAGCCGGCGUUGUAAGCUCCACUGGACAAGUUGCAAGCGCUCUUCAAGCUUUCGCUGCAAAGACUAAACAACGUAUCACUUUGCCAUCUGGCUCUCAGACUAGUUGA